AUGGUCUCAGUACAUAGACCAAAAGAACGAACGAAAUCCGAAUAUCAACGUGAAUUUACAUGGAAAAACGAUACUCCUCCCGCUACACCACCCGCUCCAUCACCUGCACCUGUUGCCCCCUCCCCCAUACCACAAGAGUCAUUCACUGCUUGUAACACUCCCGAACCAGUAAAAUCAUCGUCUAAAUCAAAUACGAUGAAUGCACCUACUAAAUUGGAAAAAUUCUCGGCUAAUAAUGCUGCCGACAAAUGGAAAGAUGGUUUACGAAAUAAAAAUUCUCCGGAGUCGAGACAAUCAACACUUGCCUCAAGUCUGGAUCAUCAAACGAAAAAGAUUGUAGCUUUAGAGGCGAAUCGCCUUUCCAAAAAAUCUCGUUCUUAUUCAAUGUACUCUUUACAUGAUCAAUUAAAAGUAGCGGAAGCUGCGAGGGAUUUGUCAAGUCCUUACGAAACUGAAUAUAAACGUGAAUUUGUAAACUGGAAGGAAUACGGUACCGCCGUAAGAGAAGAUACGGCGGCAAAUAAGAAGAGUCAGGUUGUCGACCAUACUUUAAAGCGAAGAGGUUCUUGGUCUGCUCCUUCUUUGCCUGCUCCUCUUAAAUGGCUGGAAGGUUUGAAUUUAGAGAUUGGUUCACGUGAUAAGUUACAACCAACCGUAACUGAUGCUAAAUCUAUAAGAGGCAUAACAACCAAGAUAACUGCCAAACCUUCAUUACAACGUCCGUCCACCUCGGCCGAAUUUCGCGACUAUCAUUAUGAUAACAAACGUCCCACCACCUCGGCAGAGUAUCGCGACUAUCAUUAUGAUGACAAACGUCCCACCACCUCGGCAGAGUAUCGCGAUUAUCAUUAUGAUGUCAAACGUCCGACCACCUCUGCAGAUUAUCGCGAUAACCAUCAUGAUGGCAAACGUUCGAACACCACAGAGUAUCGUGAUGCUUAUAGUAAUGGCAACCGUCCGACCACUUCUGCAGAUUUACGUGAUUACUCCCGUCCCAUGACGUCCGCGGAAUUACAUGAUUAUCAUAAUGAUGACUAUUAUGGUUCAAAACGUGAUGGUAAUUCAACUUCAAGGAAAGAAUCUCCAUUACGUUCUUCCACAACGAUGGGUUAUUAUGAUGAUCGUGAACAACAUAAUAGUAACAGGCGGGAUCUUGAUUAUUUGGAUGGUCGUAACGAUAGAAAAUAUAGCGAUCGUAAACGAGAGAUUGUUUAUGAUGAUCGUCGUCGAGAAAAUGAAUACGAUUAUCGUAGACGGGACGACAAUGGUUAUGAGAAGGAACAUGACUCUAAAUAUAAUAGUCGACCCGUGCAAACCUCUGAUCAAGAAUAUUAUAACCUUGAUCAUUCCAGAAACCUUUCAUAUUCUUCAUCAAAUAAGGGUUCGGUUCAUGAUGAGCCAACAGGUUUAUCCGGAACGACUCCUUAUUUGGAGGCAUUGCGUCAUCGGUCUAGUGUUAGUUCUGUAAGUUCCGUAUCAACGCCGAGUUCACCGGCAACUCCAAAUGGUUAUGAUAUCAAUGAUUUACGUUGGAGAAGAAGUAAUGGUUUGGAUCCACGUAUAUAUAAAGAACAAUAUUAUUCUCCUUCAAUAGCUUCAAAAUCUUCUUCAGGUUAUUCGAGUAAACAUCAAUCUCGUGAUUAUAAACCACACAAUUCUGCCCUAGCGCGUGAUGGUUAUGGAAGGAAACCACAAACGUAUUCAAAUUAUUCUUCACGUCCACCGUCACGUGCUACAAGUGUCAGCAGUCACGGAACUUCAAUAGAAGAAGAAUCUGCUAUACUUACAGACAUGCUUAAAGAGGCUGAUUUGAUGACACUAAGAAAUUUAACUGAUCAAAUGAGUGUAUUUAGACACAGAGAUUUUGAUGUUGGAGGAGUUCAAAAAGGAGUUCCAAAAGGAGUCCAAAAAGGAGUCAAGAAUACAGGUCGUUCCACACCUGUUGUUAAUACUACCAAGAAGCCUUCUCUUGUUGCUGGUCAGAAGAAACCUGCAACGACAACAACUAAAGCAGGAACAAAGAGCAAUCCCACACCUGGAAUUCCUCCUAAUAAAAAGAAAGGUCAUCGUCCGACUUCUUCAUUAGCUUCCGUUUCUUCAAUAUCUUCAACCUCCUCAUAUCGUGAAGCAUAUCAAGAUUAUUCAAGGCCUCCUCCAACAAAUUUCUCUGCCGCAAGAGAAGCUUUAAAUAGAGCAAGAAUGAAGGUUGAAGAAAUGUUGGAAAUUGUAAGCAAUGGUGGUUCCUUAGAUUAA